AUGUGUAAAGUUACUUAUAUUCGUUAUUCACACAGAUCAUUGAAAAGUAGACACAUAAUUAUAGCUUUUCCUUGCGGUUUGGGUAAUACAUUGUUCAAUGUGUCAGAGAAUAAAAUUAAACACAGACGACAAAUGAUUAAAAAUUCAUUGCAUGAUGCACCAACGCUUGCAAUGCUGAGAAAAAAAGAAAACAUAAUUUUUGGAUUAAUUAAAUGGACUAUUAACGAUUCACUUGAGUUGGAACUUUGUGCUCGCCGAGAACAAGAAUUAGAACAUAGCGCGAUUUAG